UGUUAAACCAUUAUCCUUGUUAACAGAUCAGUUGCUUCUAGAGCUUGGUAUACUGUGAGUUCUGACUUGACGAAAACCACACAAAUUAGGAAAUGGCCAAAGUCGAAAGGUUUGCUUUUCACGUCCCGAGUUUGGAGGAGCUUGCUGGGGUUUUGCAGAAAGGGCUUAAAGAAAACUUUGCUGAUGCUCACGUCUCUGUUGUAGACUGUCCCGAUCUGACUCGGGAACCCUUCAGCUUUCCUGCUAAAGGAAUCUGCGGAAAGCCUAGGAUAGCAGAUGUGGGAGGCGUUCCUUACCUUCUUCCUCUUGUACAAAAAGAAAAAGUUUAUGAUCUAAAUAUAGUUGCAAAAGACAUAGAACUGCCUGGAGCUUUCAUUCUUGGAGCUGGAGCUGCUUCAUCCAGGAUUCUUGGAGUAAAUGCUGAGCUUAUUCCUAUUGUUCAAGCUAAGAGUGAAAAAAAGCCUGCUGUGAAUGGGAGCUACAUUGCUCAGAUAAACCCUGCAGACAAAGGGUGUCUGCUUGAGAAGUACAGCAGUAAAUAUACUGACUGCGAAUUUGGGCUAUUGGCCAACCUCUAUGCCAGUGAGGGCCAACCUGGCAAGGUUAUUGAAGUGAAAGCGAAUGGAAGAACCGGGGAACUGAACUUUGUGUCUUGUCUGAGACAAAUUUUAGAGAAACACUAUGGAGAAAAGCCAGUUGGCAUGGGUGGUACGUUCAUCAUUCAAAAGGGGAAAGCAAAGAUUCACAUUAUGCCUCCAGAAUUUUCGGCCUGUCCUCUGAACACCGAUGAAGAUGUGAAUAACUGGCUCAAAUUCUUCGAAAUGAAGGCUCCACUGGUUUGCCAGCCAGUAAUAGUUUCCAGAGAUCCAGGGUUUGACCUGCGUGUGGAGCAUACCCACUGUUUCAGUCACCAUGGGGAAGGAGGGCACUACCAUAACGAUACCACACCGGACAGCGUGCAGUACCUGGGAUACUUUUUGCCGGCAGAAUUUCUCUUUCGUAUCGACAGACCCAAGGAGACUCAUAUGAUUGGAAGAGACUAAAUUGGUCUCUAAACAAACCGUGAGGUUUUCGUGAAGACAGCAAUUUAAUAUUUUAAGUAAAAAGGGUGAUUUUUACAAUGCUUUCAAUUAUGCACAUAUACUUAUCAAAGUCAAGAACAAAUGUAAGAGCAAUAAACUGCCAAUUUUUAAAAAAAUCUUAAAAGGGGAUGUUCAGAGUUUACAGGUAAUUGAAAUGAUUAAGUCUGAACUGAA